AUGGGACAAAUGGCUGAAUACAGAAUAUCUAUAUAUGGAAGAAAGAAAAGUGAAUGGGACAAUUUAGCUAGUUGGAUUGUAAACAAUGAAUUAUACAGUGAGAAUGUUGUCUGGUUGAUUCAGCUACCCCGGCUUUACAACAUAUACAAAGAAAUGGGAUUUGUGACAUCAUUUCAGACAAUUUUGGAUAAUGUUUUAAUCGAUCAAGAUUCACAUCCCCAUUUGCAUGUUUUCUUGAAACAGCUGAUAGAAUUUUUUUCCGAAGAAAUUGAAGAAAUGACUCUCACCUCCGAUCACCCCAAAGACAAGGAACAGCAAUACCCACCUCCGGUCAACACCGAUAACCACUAUGAACAACCACCUCACGUGAACCACCACCACCGUGAAGAACCACCUUUCUCUCCUCUUCCACCUCCCUUCCAUCAGUUUCGAAGUUACAAAGAAAUUUCGAUUCACCUUACUCACCUCCUUCUCCACCUUACCCGCCUCAACCACCAGAACGCCACCUGCCUCCACUGUGAUGACGUAUCUUCUCUACCAGCAACUUCGAACGCCAACGACCACAGCGGAAAGCCACCUGAUGCCUUCGAUUACUACCUGGCAGAGUGCCACCGUCUGGCAUCACCAGCACAACCUUCCAACCAUGUCUCUCCUCAGUGCAGCCACCAUUGCCUUCACAUUCCUCCGAUUAUAUGUUCACACACUAACCAUCAAAACCCCAUAAAUUAUACGGACAAUAAGCCCACAUUUAGGGUUUAUACAAAGGCGAAAACAGAUUUCUCUCUCACUAUCCGUAAUGGAAAAGUGAUUCUUGCUCCAACCAAUUCUUCUGAUCUUCAUCAGCAUUGGAUCAAAGAUGAUAAACCUGGUAGUAGCAUUAAGGAUGAAAAGGGGAAACCCGCCUUUGCAUUGGUCAACAAAGCAACCGGAGAGGCUAUGAAAAUCUCUAUCGGUGAAACUUUUCCGGUUCAAUUGAAGAAAUACAACCCUGAUGAAAUCGACAUGACUGUUCUUUGGAGUCAGGGGAUCGUCUUGGCUGAUGGUUAUAGAUCAUUUAGGUCAGUCGCCAAUAUUCAUCUUAAUCUAGAUGCACAUAAGGGUGUUAAAGAAUAUGGUGGUGUUCAUGAUGGCACAGAAAUUAUUUUGUGGCAAUGGAAUGAUGGCGAUAACCAAAAGUGGGUCAUACUCCCGUAUUAUUAUAUCUCCGAACAAAUCCAAGAAAUGACCAUCACCACCAACCAAUCCAAUGACAAGGAACCACAAUACCCACCUCCGAUGAACACCGAUAACCAUUAUGAACAACCACUUCCACCACCUCACGUGAACCACCAUUACAACCGUGAACAACCACCUUUUUUUCCUCUUCCACCUCCUUUCCAUGAGUUUCGAAGUUACAAAGAAAUUUUGAUUUGCCUUUCCAACCUCUUCUUCCACCUUCGUCUUAAUCACCACAACGCCUCCUGCCCCGGCUGUGAUGAUGAAUCUCCUCUACCACCAAAUCCAAAUGCUAACGGCCACAUUGAACAACCACCUGAAAUCUUUGAUUCUUACCUCGCAGAGUACCACCUUCUGGCAUCACCACCGCAACCUUUCUACCAUGUCUCUCCCGAGAGCAGCUGCCACCACAGCCUUCACAUUCCUCCGAUUAUCCGUCCACCCACAAAUUAUAUGGACAAUAAACCCACAUUUCGGGUCUAUACCAAGGCAAAAACUGAUUACUCUCUCACUAUACGCAAUGGAAAAGUGAUUCUUGCUCCAACUAAUUCUUCUGAUCUUCACCAGCAUUGGAUCAAAGAUGAGAAAUUUGGUAGGAGCAUUAAGGAUGAAAAGGGUAAUCCCGCUUUUGCCUUGGUCAACAAAGCCACCGGUGAAGCUAUGAAAUUUUCAAUCGGUGUAACUUAUCCGGUUCAGCUAAAGAAAUACAACCCUAAUGAAGUCGACAUGACUAUGCAUCUAAGGGUGUUAAAGAACAUGGUGGUGUUCAUGACGGCACUGAAAUUAUUUUAUGGGAAUGGAAUGAUGGCGAUAACCAAAAGUGGAUCAUAUUCCCCUAUUGAUUGUGUGUUAGUGUGGAGUUUAAUAUUCGACCAUGAGCAUGCUAUGUUCCAUGGCACUCGGCGUUCAUGUAUUUUUCGAAUGAUCAUAUGUUCAAGUACCUAUGGAUAGUGUUGCUUAUAUAUCUCCAUUUGGAUCUUUUUAUAAGUUAUUUCGGGCCACCGUAACGUAUUAAACUUGUUAGAUUUUAAUGGAUUGACACAUAUAAUCCUACCUUCUAUACAACUCUAUCAA